CACCGAUUUAUCAUACACAUUCUCUUCUGUCUAAUAUUAGCUUAAGAAAUGGCUUUUCAUAAGAGAAUAACGACCGUUGUUUUCAUUCUGUUAGUAGCGUUGAGCAUCUGUUCUGCUGCUAGAAAUCUCCUUACUAUUCCUCCCGAGGAAGAAGCUGGCUUAGCUUUUCAUUCUCGUCCAGCUGGAGUUGGAUUAGUAGGAGAACAUGGAGCAGGAUAUGGUGCUGGUGGUGGAGAAGGUGGAGGUGCAGGUUAUGGAGCUGCUGGUGGUGGAGGUAGUGGUGGAGGAGGCGGUUCAGGAUAUGGUGCUGGUGGAGAACAUGGUGCCGGGUAUGGUGCCGGAAGUGGUAGUGGUGGGGGUGCUGGAUAUGGUGCUGGAGGUGAACAUGGCGGUGGUGUGGGUGGCGGCGGUGGUAGUGGAGGUGGUGGUGGUUAUGGUGCUGGUGGAGCUCAUGGUGGUGGUUAUGGAAGUGGAGGAGGAGCCGCUGGUGGUUCCGGUUAUGGUGCUGGAGGUGAGCAUGGUGCCGGUGGUGGUGGCGGUAGCGGAAGUGGUGGUGGAUAUGGUGCUGGAGGAGAUCUCGGUGCAGGAUACGGUAGUGGAGGUGGAGCCGGUGGAGGUGCAGGCGGUGGUAGCUCUGGAGGAGCGCAUGGUGGUGGAUACGGAGGAGGUGGUGGUUCUGGGUAUGCCUCGGGAGGUGAACAUGGAGGUGCCUAUGGUAGUGGUGGUGGAAGUGGUGAAGGGAGUGGCCAUGGUGGUGGUGGCUACUAAAUUAUACUACUAUUAUGACAAAAAUAUCAUCCCUGUUAUUAAAUUAAUUGGCGAAACAAAGAAAGGACUGUUAAUCAUAUUACCAGUUAAUUAAUUAUGAAUGGUUUCUAAUACUAUCAAUUUAUAUAAAAUAAAUUUGAGCUAAAAGAGCACAUUAAAGUA